UCGACCCCAUUAGCAAAUCCAUUCACGGAACGGUGCGGGCAGUGGAGUGAGUGGCCCAGACCCCCAUAAUCAGUCAAUUCGUCGCAUAAUAAUAAAGCUUGUGUGUGCCAUUGCAACAUACAGUUUUUUUUUCAUUGCUCUGCUGUAAAUUGGUACGCUGCUGCGCUUGAGGGGCCUCUCAUAAGCGCGGAGGAAAGUGUGUUACUCGGAGCAUUGUUUGCAACGAAAACAGCCUUUAUUUCGUCUAUCGGAAUCGACCGUCGGGGCAAGGCUCGAAGCAUUUGCGGCAGCAAUAGUCGUGGCGGUUGAUUAAUGCGUGAAGGACAUUCUGGCUAGAGAACACUCCUUUUAAGUGAGGAUUAGAUAAUCCCAUUCCCAAACAGUAGUUGUCUGGCGAUGAAUUAGCUUCAAGAAGUAAAGUAACGACAGUCGCAAGAAGAGAAGUCUGUCAGGAAGUGGGAGCGACGAGACGAGUGUGUCUGGUGCUGAGGCUGAAAGCGUGAUCGGAGAAGAACAACAAAAUAUCGUACGAUACGGUCGCUGCUGAGCGAGAGGGGCUGGAUAGAGAGUACCCGACCGACCAACCGCCGUGGUAGAAUAAAGACAGACACCUAUCAUCCCAUAUACAUAAAGAGAGGCGACUGUGCGCGAAGUGCGUCGUCGCCGUCGUUGUUGUUGCAGCCGGAAAUCGUCCGCGUGAUCUCCGCGAGGUGCAGAAGUAGCACUCGGCAUUAAAGCAACUAGUAGUUAUCUAGGAAGUUCCAAAAGUCGCGGAAGAAAACGUUUGAUCAAACACCAGAGCAGUUCACGUGUGUUCUUUGUGGGCUUUUGGGCGUGACCUAGGUCGUGUUUGUUGAAUCCAGUCCAGUGUGAAAGAAAAUUAUCACAUUAUCUGAUUGCUAAGCGCUGAUAGGAUAGGAAGCAACGCAGUAAUGGAUACGGUCGAGACAGCUAAUCAUUUUAUGGCGUUUGGAGAAGCAUCCAGUGAUAAGGCGCCACUUCUGGGAGGUACAAUGACGUCGUCACCGCCGCAGCCGGCAUCAGCCAACGGUCAGCUGAGGUACGAUUCGAGCAAUGGCAACGGAGUUCAUGCCAUGAGUCAGCGAAAGGUCGCCAAUGGGAAUUCCGUCAAUGGUACAGGAUCGAAACCGGUGCAAGCCGAUAGUAGCAACAGCAGCAGCAGCAACGAUGACAAGGAGGAGGAUCGGUCGGCUCGGCAGUCGUUGAUCAUUCUGGCGGCGAUCUUUUUCACCAGUCUGUUUGCGAUGAUCUACGUGUAUGCGAUGUUCCCGGAACUGGAUGAGUCCGAAAAGCAGUACCUUAAGGUCCCGUUCGACAUCGAGGAUGCCAAACAGCUGGGACGGGUUCUCGAUCGAUACAAAGACCUCUACUACCUGGAGGUUAUGUCCGGCAUUGUUCUGGUCUACAUAUUCUUACAAACGUUCGCCAUUCCCGGUUCAUUGUUCCUAUCGAUCCUGAGUGGAUUCCUGUACAACUUCCCGGUGGCCCUGACGUUGGUUUGCUUCUGCUCGGCCCUGGGAGCCACCCUGUGCUAUCUGCUCUCGCAGCUGGUCGGUCGCCGCGUGGUCAAGCACUACUUCCCCGAGAAGGCACGCGUCUGGGCCCAGCAGGUGGACAAGCACCGGGAAGAUCUCCUCAGCUAUAUGCUGUUCCUGCGGAUGACCCCGUUCCUGCCCAACUGGUUCAUCAACCUGGUGGCGCCUGUGAUCGGCGUGCCACUGUAUCCCUUCGCGCUGGGAACGUUCCUCGGGGUGGCACCGCCCUCCUUCAUAGCCAUCCAGGCGGGCAAGACCCUGUACAAGAUGACCAGCUCGAGCGAUGCAUUUAGCUGGGGCUCGGUUACGCUGCUGGCGGUGUUUUCGGUCUUUUCGCUGGUGCCGGUCGUGUUCAAGCGGUACUUCAAGUCCAAGAUCGAUUAAGCGUGCCGUCGUGGAGCCGUCGGCAAACAAGGCGCGUAGCGGCAGCGGCGCGCAGCAGCCAUUGUCGUGGGGGACGUUGUUUUACCACAAGCAAAAAAGGUUAGUCAUUAGGGUUAUUAGUGAGACGCGGAUGCGCGGAGAGGAAGAGGAAACCCGCCGCCGGCCGCAAUCUGAUGAAUAGUAUAAUUUUAGCCAAAGAUGAGUGUAAGGUUGCAAAGGAAAACCCGUGUUUAUUUGCGAUAUGAAUUAGUUUUCGAUUUAGUUUGUAAGGCGAUAGCGGAUAAAGUGAUCGAAUAGACCUAUAAUUUAUCGGUGGAGAAAGGUAGAGCUCUGCAUUAGGGAAACAAUGAAUCGGUUGCACUUCUGUUUGGGAAAAACCGCGAGUUAAUCAUUUUCGUAAUACUUCUUUUCGGGAAGAGCAUAUGACUUUCACAAUUAGAUUUACAACAUAAAUUUGUAUUGUUUAAAUGGCCUUCAUUAUUCAAAAACUAAAAGAUGUUUUUUCGGAGACAUGAUGACGAAGAAUAAAGUAACAAAAAUUCAAAUUUUCACCAGCAGCAUCAGAUUCCAAUAUAAUUGUCGGGUCACCUUUGAUUGCAAAAUGUUCGACAUCCAUCGAAUAUUAUCCUUGAAGCUAAUCUAAACAAAGUUAUGUCUGAUGGAUGAUGGAUGCUUUCUUUGCUGUUGCUGCAUUCUGAACAAAGCUGUAGUAGUACGUCGGAUCGAUGGCGCAGCUCCUGUAGUUCCUUCGUGGGGAGUAUACGGGUCUUAUCGCUGGUAGGAUUUUAGAGUUCGUUGCCUUCGUUUCAUUGAGAUCCGCAUAAUAGUCACGUAAGUUCGGGGUUCGAUUCGAUUCCCCAACAAAACUGCGAGCUUUUGGUAAGCGCAGAAAGUUUUUCACUGAUCCCCUGGGUGUCUCCAUGUAAUGCCCUGUCCGUUGUCUAAAGCUAGAUGUCAAGUUAACAAUCUGUACGAAAAGCCCUCAGAUGGCUAUUCCGUUACAGCUGUGCAACCGAUUAUCGGAAUUUUUCAAACAUACUAAAAUCAGCCAAUGUUAUGUUAACUGUCAGUAUCGAACGGAUCAAGCUUAUAAUGCUUGAACAUUUUACAAAUUCGGUCAUCAACUACUAGCAUUAUAGGCUCAAUUCGUUGGAAUAUAAUUUUAGAACGGUGCUAACAACUUAGCCGCUCACAUAUAACUAAAUUAAGUAUUUCAUUCUAUUCAAACCACAUGUGAGUGGCUAUCCAUUGAAAAUGGGUUACUUUCGGUUUUAGUUUAAUAAAUCUAGAUGGUAAUGUGCAUUAUUCACGUCUAACAUUUGUCGUACGUGAAUCGCAGAAAAUAGCCACCAAACUACGGUCAAAAGUAUUACGAAAAGAGGGUUCCGUAAAAUAUCACAGAAACCGACGCAAAAAAAUAA